AUGGAGAGUACUCAACAAAAAUUUAAAUUUAGCACCGUGGAAAAUUUGGAAAAUUCCUCUUUGGCUACAAAUUUUGAUCUUUUAUACUCAACGGGGUCACAAAGUCCCAGUGCAGACACAACCUCAACAGAUUUUUCAGAUGACCAACAAGAUUUUGACGACCCAAGUUUUAUGUUAUACUUUAGCAGCUCAAACCUUCAAAGUCUUUCCCCUAACCUUAAACUUAAACUUAAAUUUUUUUCAGGCUUGGCUGCUCCCUUUGUUUACGAGGUUACCAAGGAUCCCUAAAGGGGAUUCACCCUCUUUGCGACAUCGGAAUGGAGACUUCUUCGAGUUAGAUGACUCACCGGGAUACUUACAGCUCUUGCAUCACCUUUCCUCUUCUUCACCACUUGACACCAAGGCACCUGUGAAGUAGACUCUAAUUCUUCGUCUCCUCUCUCUCUUGCUGGCUCCAGUGCUGAGUGGAAAGGCUAUGGACUUCUGUAGCAUGCUGCUUGGGUUGAACGAAGGCUGUCUAUACAAAAAUCCCGAAAAUGGAAUUUCUAGCCAACUAUUGACAAAAAGGAACUGGGGUGCAACUAACAGUUUCACCAUAAAAAGUUGCCCAAAUAGUCUAAAAAUUGAAUUUUUACGCUUCUUGGCUUCACCUUUCCCCAUCUGAAUCUUCCUUUUCCGUCGAAGCAAUAUCCAAUCUGAAAGCGGACUAGGGCUGGCUCUGCCCAUUAUCAGAAUUGCUUCUGGGUAGGGAAAAACUUGUUAGAUAUAAUUAAAUAUGUGCUCAAAAAAAGUGAAGCCGACCGCGAAGCGCUGAAACGAGAUAUUUAAUUAUCCUCUCCCUAAACCAAUACAAGGACACCUACUUGGAAUCCCCGCCAAGCCCAAUGAGCGAGAAGCAAGCCAGAUGCAGAAGGAUCCGGAAAUCAAAGUCUAAAAGAUGGACUGCAGAUGAAGAUAAACUGCUCGUUGAUCUAUAUUUUCAGUACGCUUUAGACUGGAAAACAAUUGCAAAAUUAAUACCAGGCCGAGCCGCAGACGCUGUAAAGAAUCGUUUCUAUGGAGUUAUCAAGAAAAACGCCUCGUUUAGUGAUCAAAAUAGAUUUAAUAUGGCUGCAAAAAAGGCAAGAGAGAGCAAGGCAAGCAGCUAUCAGAUCGUUGUUCAAGAUUAUGAACAGAUUCCUAACACAGACAGCUUUUUGUUUUGCGAACACAGCAAUAAUACUUUGCUUGGUAAAAGUAUUACGGAAUUCCAAAAAGACUUAGAAAAUGAUGCAAGCUCACUGACUCCAGAAGCAAAAAUCAAUUAUUUAAACACAUUAAAGCAGAAAGCAGAAAAGCUUGAGGAGAUGCUCAAAGAGGUCAAAGGGAUGCUGAAUACUCCAAACUAA